AUGGCGUGUUCUGCUGCUGCCCAACCUGCGGCUACUAUCCCCUCCUUCGUCAACAAACUUUCGUCUCUCGCUAUCCCCGAAAGCGAGGACAACGCCGAUAUUCGCCAGAAGUAUCGCCCCUUUCUUCUCACAGAUGACGCAGCUGAGGACUGGGUCAAUACGUUAGAGCUUACAACCGCCAUGAAAAUGGCAGCGCAGGAAAUGCGAAAGUCAAACAACAGAAUUAAAGUGCUAGUCUUGUACGGCAGUCUCCGUCGGAGGUCCUAUUCGCGCCUGGUGGCUUUGGAAGCCAGCAGAAUUCUCUUCCGCCUGGGGUGCGAUGUCCGCGUGUUCAAUCCCGAGGGUUUACCGGUAAAGAAUGAUACCGACCACGACCAUCCUAAGGUACAGGAGCUCCGCGAGCUCAGCAAGUGGAGCGACGGGCAUAUUUGGGUAUCGCCUGAGCAGCAUGGGAAUCUGGUUGGUGUCACCUUGCCUAGUGGUAACCGCGACCGGCUGGUUGAUUGCAUGGAGGAGUUUGUGAAAUAUACUAUCGUCAUGCGAUCUCACCUGGAGCUUUUUGGUGAUCGGUUCAGCGAGAGGGAAGAGAAGCGAAAUAAGGAGAUAAAGGAACGCGCCAAACAAGUUUAG